GUUGACAUCCUUGGAAGAACUUGAAUAUUCCAGCUGCGGUUACGGCUUUGGUACUUCUAUCUUCCAUAGCUGUUCUUGGUCGAAAUGUCAUUUGUUGAGCCAAUAACCACGAAAAUUGGCUUCAUAGAACUCCCAACAUUAAAGAAUGUCCCAACGACCCUGCACCGUCAUCAGGAGACCACACAACGGUAAUAAUGGUCGUGGACAGUCAGAGCGGUCAGGUUUAUGAGGAAACCGAGAUGGGUCCGCCAGUGGGCUUCGUCAAUGGAUUUGCUUGGGAGCACGAAUCGCCUUUCUUGGAGGCAGACUACGAGCUUCGCAGUGACUUGGGAGUACCAGCCUUGAAACACUUGGCAAUGAAAAAGACGCUUAGCGACCAAAGAAGCCUGAACAAGUCUCUAUUUCUGGACGUACCUUGGCCGAUUGCCGCACAACUAUGGGAGUAUCUCAGUCGGAGUGGAAAGCGAACAAUGUACAUGUGGAAAAUUCUGUGUACCACAUACCCCGGCCAGUUCCGACAUGUUUCCCAGCACUGUAGAAUGGUUAUCGACAAACCGCGGAUCCCUAUGCGCGGCUACAUCAGCUUGGUGAAAAGUACGGAUUGCAGCUGGGCUACACAGUUGAACAUCUGGACCGAGUUUGCAUGGACCCCGGAGCUUGUCGAGCUUGCCGAUGUGGUCAACCUUGUCUCUUUAGAAAUCAACACAGCAUCAUCAAGGCAUUCGUAUUUGGGCGAUGGUCAGAGUCAAGAGGUCGUCAGUCUUGACGACCGCGUUCUCCGUGCAUGGACUGAGCUUAUUGAGACCUCAGGAUCUUUUCAAUAUCUACGAACGCUUAAACUGCACGGCCAGCGGAACAUUACAGGCAAUGCUUUCUAUUACUUAUCGAAAUUCCCUUCUCUUGAAUACUGUAUAGUGGCGAAGUGCGAUGGAUUGACUACACAAUCCGCCAUCAAGACAGCGGAGGCACACGGGUGGUUCCUUAGUCAGGAUAAACUCGAGGGAACAGCAUAUCAGUUCUCCCAAGACACCUCCAUAGGGCUCAAUACAAGUACCAGCUGGUCAAGCAAGAGACCAGACAGCCUACUCCCAUCCACAAUGUCCAGCGACAUCCCGCUUCUAGAGUUCACAGUUAGACAUAGACGAGCGAAGUCAAUGGCAGGUCUUGACAUUGCCAUUUUUUCACGGAAGGACAAUGGCCGCGUAAUUGAGACACAGGCGAAUAAGCGAAAGCGUGAGGGCCACAUUUCAUUGACAGAGCGCCGUGCUCACCACAAGACGAGGAGGCCAGCCGUGAAAGAACGCGGCAAGGAUUUGUCUGGCCUGCUUGGAGAAUUCAUGUAGCAACGGGGAAUUUGCUGUUGCCUGUAGAUUAGCUUGUCAAGAAGAUAAUCUCAGCUGUAUUCUUGGUGGAAUGUUUCAUCUUUUAUUUAUUUAUGUAUUUAAGUAUUUAUUUACUGUUGUCAUCAGCAUUCGUAUAGUUUUCUGCGGAGGCUAGCGGGACGAUCCGCUGUUGCUAUCGGGCGGGUCGCCAUUAUCGCA